CGUCGCCGAGUGCAGCAGCGCUGCUCUGAGCAGGGGAUGAGCGUUGCAGCAGGGAGGCAGACAGACGGACAGGACGGACAGGACGGACGGAGACAGGAUGGACAGACGGACAGGGCAGACAGAGAGACAAGAUAGACAGGCCGGACAGGAUGGGCAGGAUGGACAGGAGAGAUAGGCAGGACAGGCAGACAGGAUGGACAGAACGGUCAGGACAGACAGACAAGACAGACAGGACAGACAGACAAGACGGGAUGGACAGGAUGGGCAGGAUGGGUGGGAUGGACAGGGCAGAUAUAGGCAGGAAAGGCAGACAGGAUGGACAGAACGGUCAGGACAGACGGACAAGACGGACAGACAGACAGGAUGGACAGGACGGACAGGACAGAUGGGGUGGACAGGAUGGACAGACAGGACAGACAGACAAGACAGACAGGACGGACAGGAUGGGUGGGAUGGACAGGACAGGUAGGCAGGACAGGCAGACAGGACGGACAGGAGGGACAGGACAGACGGACAGGACGGACAGACAGAGUCAGACAGGAUGGACAGAACGGACAGGACAGAUGGGAUGGACAAGGCAGCCAGACAGGACAGAUGGACAAGACAGACGGGACGGACAGGACGGACAGGGCAGACAGAGAGGCGAGACAGGAUGGACAAGACAGACGGACAGGACAGAUGGACAGAGUCAGGACAGACAGAGGGACGGACAGGACAGCUGGGCAGGACAGACAGAGAGACAAGACAGGCUGGACAGAGGAACGGACAAGACAGACAGGAUGGACGGACAGAGGAACGGACAGGACAGACAGGACAGACAGACGGACAGGAUGGACAGACAGAGAGACAAGACAGGCCAGACAGAGGAACGGACAGGACAGACGGACAGGAUGGACAGGAUGGACAGACAGAGAGACAAGACAGACCAGACAGAGGAACGGUCAGGACAGACGGACAGGAUGGACAGACAGAGAGACAAGACAGGUCGGACAGAGGAACGGACAGGACAGACAGACGGACAGGAUGGACAGGAUGGACAGACAGAUGAGACAGGCAGGACAGACGGACGCACGUUGUGCCCCGGUGCCCUGUGUCCGGGUGGGGACGCUGCCGCCGCCAUCGCUCGGCUCCCGCGGCGCCGAACCAUUCCAUGGUUCUGUGACCUGCAAGGACCUUUCCGAUUGCACCCAUCCAUUCUAUGAUUCUGUGGCCUUCCAGGACCUUUCCAACCCAGCCCAACCAUUCCAUCGUUCUGUGAUCUUUAAGGACCUUUCCAGUCCAAUCCCACUAUUCCAUGGUUCUUUGAUUUUGAAGGACCAUUGUAUGAUUCUGUGACCUUCAAGGACCUUUCCAAUCCAGUCCCACUAUUCCAUGGUUCUGUGAUCUUUAAGGACCUUUCCAAUCCAACCAGACCAUUCCAUGGUUCUGUGACCUUCCAGGACCUUUCCAAUCCAACCUGACCAUUCCAUGGUUCGGUGAUCUUUGAGGACCUUUCCAAUCCAACCUGACCAUUCCAUGGUUCUGUGACCUUCCAGGAUCUUUCCAAUCCAACCUGACCAUUGCGUGGUUCUGUGACCUUCCAGGACCUUUCCAACCCAACCCGACCAUUCCAUGGUUCUGUGACCUUCCAGGACCUUUCCAAUCCAACCCAACCAUUCCAUGCUUCUGUGAUCUUUAAGGACCUUUCCAAUCCAACCCAACCAUUCCAUGCUUCUGUGAUCUUCAAGGACCUUUCCAAUCCAACCUGACCAUUGCGUGGUUCUGUGACCUUCGAGGACCUUUCCAAUCCAACCUGACCAUUCCAUGGUUCUGUGACCUUCCAGGAUCUUUCCAAUCCAACCUGACCAUUGCGUGGUUCUCUGACCUGCAAGGACCUUUCCAAUCCAACCAGACCAUUCCAUGGUUCUGUGAUCUUUAAGGACCUUUCCAAUCCAACCUGACCAUUCCAUGGUUCGGUGAUCUUUAAGGACCUUUCCAAUCCAACCCAAUCAUUCUAUGAUUCUGUGACCUUCAAGGACCUUUCCAAU